UUAACGCUCAUUUCCUGCCAUUGUCACACGCAUCGUGGGCAGGAAGAGGGAAACGAAAGCAGACCUGCUGGGGGGUGAGAAGGGGAUGGAGGGGGUGGGCGACCUAUUUAAACACGACAUGAUCGUGGGCAUGAACAGACGUGAUCAUGUCCAUCCUUCAUCGUCGCGUCCCCGCCUGAACAUGAUUGUUUAAGAAGGAGCAGGUGCUGGUGGAUCCAUCCUCCCUCCCGCCGUGGAAUGUCUUCCACUAUCGAGAGGAAGACGCUGGAAGCUAACGAGGAGCCGGUGGAUGAGGUCCUGCAGAUGCCUCCUUCUUUGCUGACGUGCGGCGGCUGCCAGCAGAGCAUCGGCGACCGCUUCUUCCUCAAGGCCGUGGAGCAGUACUGGCAUGAGGACUGCCUCAGCUGUGACCUCUGUGGCUGUCGCCUCGGGGAGGUCGGCCGCCGGCUGUACUACAAGCUGGGAAGGAAAUUAUGCCGCAGAGAUUACCUCAGGCUUUUUGGCCAGGAUGGUCUGUGCGCUUCCUGCGAGAAGAGGAUAAGAGCGUUUGAGAUGACCAUGCGUGUGAGGGACAAGGUCUACCACCUGGAAUGCUUCAAGUGCGCUGCCUGCCAGAAGCACUUCUGCGUGGGAGACCGCUACUUGCUCAUCAACUCAGACAUCGUCUGCGAGCAGGACAUCUUUGAGUGGACUAAACUCAACAACAACAAUAUGGUGUAGGAAGGAAAUCACUAGACUUUUUUUUGUGAAGACAUCUUUGAUACACUUUUUCUAGCACCAGGCGGACGUCAAACUGCACCUCCUAUUCCCAUCAAGACCAGAGACAACUAAGACCUCUCCUCACCUCAGGCCUCAUUGAUGCAAAGCUGAUAAACAUGCAAUAACAUGUGCACAUAACAAUAAUGUGUCGCUCGGAUUGGGAGUCAGAGCAUUUGGAGAGACGUUAUAGUUCAGGAGGACUACAUUAACGAAACACAUACCAGCUAAAACAUGUAUUUGUACCAAUUGGGGUGUCUUGAUCGGAUAUUUGUAGCAACUCUCGGGCCGAUAUCAACAAAAGAACAAGUAUCGGUUGAUAACGGACAUAUAAAAUCUCUGAUACAAGCACUCCGGCAGCGUGUUUAUUUAUGCAAAACUUGACAGCCUCUUAACAUCCAAAUGUUAAGCACACAAGGUUGAUAUUUUCUUGUAUUUUAGUCAAGUCAUGGACAAAAAGGUAAACAUGGUAGGCGAAAAGCUACUAGCAGCUACACAACAGCUAACCACAAAAUAGCACACAAGCUAGUGUUUUUAAUUGAACAAUAUUGCAGUCUACAACAGCACAUUUGUCAGUAUAAACAAGUAUCAAAUCAGUAUAGUUGUAUAUCACCUACACAUACAAAGACUCCAAGUUUGAAGCGUAUUUGAUAGUAUCCAGUACCAAACGUGUCCGCAUCAUUCAACUUACUGUAUCAUGCCCUCAAUUAAAUGAAUUAUUGUGACCACUAGGUGUCCCAAAAACACAAAUAAACUCUCCGCUUCACAAGUGUAACUCUGUCAUAAGGUUAAUGUUUUCAUACCCACGUUUGUUGUGUUUUUGUAAUUUCGCUCGAUCAUACUUUUUCUAACAUUCCACCCUAGAAAACAAGGAGUAUGCAAUUUUAUGCCGUACUGUUAGUCAUUUUCAUACUCACCAUUGUUUUGUUUGACUAAUUUCACUUGAUCAAACCUUUUCUACAAAAUAGUAAAAGUAUGUACCGUAUUUUUCGGACUAUAAGUCGCAUUUUUUUCAUAGUUUGGCCAGACUUAUACUCAGGAGCGACUUAUGUGUGAAAUGAUAAACACAUUACCGUAAAAUAUCAAAUAUUAUUGAUGUCAUUGACGUAAGAGACUAGACGUAUAAGAUUUCAUGGGAUUUAGCGAUUAAGAGUGACAGAUUGUUUGGUAAACGUAUAGCAUGUUCUAUAUGUUAUAGUUAUUUGAAUGACUCUUACCAUAAUAUGUUACGUUAACAUACCAGUUGGUUAUUUAUGCUUCAUAUGACGUACACUUAUUCAGCCUGUUCACUAUUCUUGAUUUAUUUUAAAUUGCCUUUCAAAUGUCUAUUCUUGGUGUUGGCUUUUAUCAAAUACAUUUCCCAAAAAAAUGCGACUUAUACACCAGUGUGACUUAUAUAUGUUUUUUUCCUUCUUUAUUAUGUAUUUUCGGCCGGUGCGACUUAUACUCCGGAGCGAUUUAUACUCCGAAAAAUACGGUACGAAAUUAGUGCUUAUACCGUAUGGGAUUACUAUCGGCAUUGGCCAGCAACACUCAAUCUGUAUCGAGUUGGAAGUGAAAGAGUCAUAUCGAGACACCCCUAGGACCAAUAUUUGCACGAAAAUACACAAUUUUUGGAGUGUACAUUUCUUUAAUAUGAUUUAAAAAAUGCUUGAUCAUGUGCUACAUUAAUUUUAAAUAAGAACGUAUCUGGUGUCUGUUAUCAAAGAAUUGCACAUUUUUGACAGUUUAAUAUGGUGUCCCCUUCAAUUCCUUCAGUUAUUCAUCUUUUGAAAUGACUCAUUUAUUGAGCAUCCCCACCCUUUUAGGCACUUCAUUUAAUUUCACCAUUUAUGCAAUAAACAGUCAUUUGAAGGAACGCUGAUUCAGUUCUCAAGUAUGUUAGCUGCAUUCAGUCAAAGCAUACAUUUUGGCACUCUGUCUUAUACAUCUCUUAUAUACAUAAGGAGGCAGCAUGGAGGAUGCUGUGUUUACUGCUCGUGCCACACAAUAAGAAAGACCUUGGUUCAAUUCCCGGGCUCGGGGUCUUUGUGUGUGGAGUUUGCAUGUUCUCCCCGUGACUGCGGCUUCCUCCCACCUCCAAAAAACAUGCACCUGGAGAUAGGUUGAUUGGCAACACUAAAUUGGCCCUAGUGUGUGAAUGUUGUCUUUAUGUGCCAUGAGGUGGCAACUUACCCGUACUUGUUCAUUUAUCUGUACCGUUUUAGCCACAAAAGGGGUGGAUUAAGCUUUAUCAUAGCAGGAGUCUCAAUCUUCUUUCUUGUGACAGCUGCUUCUACGAAAUGAAAAUGGCAGAGAUACUAAUUUUUGUAACUUUUCAUAGCUUAUUUAAACUAACUAUUAAACUGAAUUAGCUUAUGUUGUCAGAACAUGAACAAAAUGUUAUUAUCCACACCCGUAUUUUGUAUUAAAACUAAAAAUAUAUAUUUUGUUAAUCUCCAUCUUGUAUUUGAGAAUACAUUUCGUUCUGGUGUAUCUCACAUGAUGAAAUGAAAACAUGAAUGCUGUGAAAUAAUGUUCAAUAUUACAUAUUUUA